CUCUAGGUAUUCUAGGACCAAGCUCUAAAUCUUUUGGCAUGGAUCGUGGCAUGGAUCCCCAAUACCGUAGACCGAAAAGAGGCGGUAUCACCAAAUCGAUCUUGGCUCCCAUUACAAGAUUUUUGAGCAGGUUCUCAACACCCGAUGGGCCCGAGAAUGGUUUAGCAGUUUCUCCAAGCUUUAGUCCGAUACCGUCUUAUGCAAGCAGAGGAAAGCCUUCCACCGACGCAUCUACCGCUAGCUGCAGAACCGACGAGGCGUGGAUCGAUGAAGUGAGGAAAAAGGUAGAUUUAGCCCAACCCAUGGGCCAUCCCAAGAGACCAUGCACCAUCUUCAAGGUCCCCGAGCACAUCCGACCGUUGGAUAUUGAAGCCUACGAACCAGUGAUUGCUUCCGUCGGACCUUUUCACCACAACAGCCGCGAGAGUGCCUUCAUGAAGUACCACAAGUGGCGGUGUGUCCGGCACCUUCUAUCCCAUCAUCGAAGUCAAUUGCUGAAGGAGUGCUUGUUGGAGUUGAAGAAACACGAUGAGACGGUUCGGAGCUGCUACUCUGAGGAAUUCUCCAAACUGAAUGCCCAAGAUAUGGCAUUGAUCAUGUUGCUUGAUGGGUGCUUCAUCAUUUAUCUCAUGUGUUCCAGGAAGGAAUCAUGGAAUCCAAGGAGACUAGAGUGUAUGGUGGAGACGAGGGAACGGGAGGUUGUUUUAAAUAUCGACGAGAAGGAUGAACAGCUUGAGGGCCCAACUGUGGCAGGGUUGUUCACUAUUGAUGUAGUGAUUUAUGAUCUGCUGAAGCUUGAGAACCAAAUUCCUUUCUUCAUCAUCCAAUUGCUAUUUGAUCGUCUCAUACCAUGCGAGGAUGGACAGAUUAAUCUUGUUGACCUUGCUCUCAGGCUUUUCAAGGGCAUCCAACCCGAGGAAUCCAAAUCAUUCAAGAAGAAGUCCCCCGGAGAAUACCAUCAUCUGCUCCAUCUAUUUUAUUCAUCUCGGAUCCCUUCAGAAAAGCCAGCAGAGUCUACAUCUGCACCAGGAGAAGCUGCUCCUUCACAAGGGGCUUCGACAUCUGCACCGACUUCGACAUCUGCAUCAGGAUGUAUUCCUAAACUCAUGAAGUUUAAGUGUAAGAAAGCAGAAGUUGAUCCUCCACGAGGAUCUACACCCAAGUGGAUUCCUAGUGCGACGGAGCUCCUCAGGGCUGGGGUGAAGUUCAAGAAGAAGGAACAGGCAGACAGUUUCUUGAACAUACAAUUCCAGAGAAGGAAGAUGAAGCUCACGCCAUGGCUAUGCCUCCGGAAUUUGUAUUUAAUGUUUAGGAGUGGGCGGAUGGAGAUACCACCACUGCAAAUCUAUGACUAUACCGGUCCUCUCUUCCGAAACCUCAUAGCUUUCGAACAGUGCUAUUUGAAAGCUGAGAUGUAUAUUACGAUAUACGCACUCUUUAUGGACUGCAUCAUCGACCAGGCUGAGGACGUGCGAUUGCUCCACUUGAAAGGCAUACUGGAACAUAAGCAAAGCAAUGAUCAAGCAGUGGCAAACCUCUUCAAUCAUUUGGGCAGUCAGAUACACUAUUUUCCGGAAAAGAACUAUCUUGCAAAUCAGAUUAGGGAAGUAAACAGGUUUUAUGAAGUCAAAUGGCACAAAAGGCUUGCUGCUUUGAGGCGAGACUAUUGUGGCAGCCCAUGGGCUACAAUUUCAGUGUUGGCAGCGGCCUUUCUUCUCUUGCUGACCGUCGAGCAGGCACUAUUUUCUGCAUUGUCCUAUGUUCACUCUUCAUAGGUGUCAUUAACCUGCUUGCCUGUGCAAACAGGGAUCAGGCGACAGAUAUAAUGGAAGGGUGAGUGGAUAAGAAAGGAUUCCCUUCAAACAUGGAUACUGGAGAAUUUUUUGUUUAUCUGGGGAGAAUAGAAACUAGACGGUUAACUGUAGUUGUUAGGUAGCAUAGAUAAAUGUGGUUGGCUAUGCUGUUGACCUCAUAAAAAAUAAUUUGCUACGAUGUAUCAUGGUUGGUUUGUAAUUUUCUUCGAAGUUAGCUAUUGGAUCUAAUGUUA